AUGAUACCUCGUAACACGACACCGCCCAAGUCUCGGAAUCACUUGAUUUAUGACAAUGCCGCUGUUGGUCAUCAAUUGGCCAUGGAGCGUAAUGACAUGCUUGUUCCCGAUGUGUCUCGUGUGCUUAUUAUUUACACGGGUGGUACGAUUGGUAUGAAACAUACACCAGAACAUGGCUAUGUUCCCCUUCCAAAUCAUUUUGCAGAGUCAUUAUCCAAAGUGAGACGAUUUCAUGAUCCCACGGACGGUGAUUAUCCACCGCUUUCCCGAAGCUCUUCCCAUGAUAGUUUAGACAGUUUAAAUAUCUCGGACAAGACGGAUAAAAAUGAUUUUGGCAAGAUUACAAACACUGUCAAGGCAAUUGAACAAGAAGGUCCUCGUAAGGGACACCCAAAGACCUAUCAAUUACCAAGCUUGAUUACGCCUGUCAGUUUAUACGGUAAAAGAAUCAGAUAUUCUAUUUUGGAAUAUGCACCUCUUUUAGACUCGUGUGACAUUACCAUGUCAGAUUGGGUUCGAAUUGCCAGUGACAUUAAGGAGAAUUAUCAGUUAUACGAUGCAUUUAUUGUCUUGCAUGGUACGGAUACUAUGGCUUAUACUGCCAGUGCCUUGAGUUUCAUGUUGGAAGAGUUGGGAAAAACAGUAAUUAUUACGGGAUCUCAAGUUCCUUUGACUGAAGUCAGAAAUGAUGCUGUUGAAAAUCUACUAGGUGCUUUAACAAUUGCUGGUCAUUUUGUUAUUCCUGAAGUGUCCCUUUACUUUGGUACCAAACUCUAUCGUGGUAACAGAACAAGUAAAAUCAGUGCUGUGGAUUUCGAGGCGUUUGAUUCACCCAAUCUUUCACCUCUUGUCACAGUUGGUAUCGACAUUGAUGUCAAUUGGCCCAUUGUACUUCGUCCUACUCAAAUUGCUAGAUUCACUGUCAACAAAAAGCUUAAUCCCAACGUAGGCUCACUUCGUCUCUUUCCUGGUAUCAAUGAUGCCACCAUUCGGGCAGUUUUAGCUCCUCCACUUCAAGGUGUGGUGUUAGAGACAUUUGGAGCUGGUAAUGCACCAGCACGACCAGCUUUAUUGGCAGCGUUAAAAGACGCCAGUGAACGUGGUGUGGUCAUUGUGAAUUGUACACAAUGUCGUAAGGGUCUUGUGACAGAUUUGUAUUCGACGGGUAAACAGCUAUCAGCAGUGGGUGUUGUUCCAGGAGCAGACAUGACCCCCGAGUGUGCUUUAACCAAAUUGGCCUAUUUACUGGGUAAAGUGCCCAACAAUCCUGAUCUGGUGCGCAAGAUGAUGACACGUAACUUACGUGGUGAGCUGACUGUUCGAGCUCCUUAUCAACGAUUCAGUGCGGCUUCUAAUCGAUCAAGUUUGUUUUUGAAUAUUCUGAUGAAGUAUAACUCCAAAAACAAGGAAGAAUUAGAUGCAAAUGUAUCGGUGGAAGAGGAAUUGUUGGCACAAAAGGCGUUGGCACCUGUGCUGCUUUCUCAAUCGGCUGCCUUGAAUGAUUUGGAAGGGCUACGUAUGAUGGUUGAAAGUGCAGGAGAGAUUAUCAACUUGAAUUGUGCUGAUUAUGAUGGUCGUGUACCACUUCAUGUGGCCUGUAGAGAAGGUAAUUACCAGAUUAUUGAAUAUUUGCUGCUACAUGGUGCGUCCAUCCAUGUAAGAGAUAAGUCAGGACAUACACCUUUAUUUGAUGCCAUUGUUGAAAAGCGUGCCCAAGCAGUCAAAAUUCUUCGUGAAGCUGGUGCGCAUUUAGCUAAAAGCGAAAUUGAUGAUCUCGGACCCUAUUGGUUGAAGGCUAUUAAGAGUAACCAUUCAAAGUGGGUGGAGAUAGCCAUCGAUGCUGGAGUAGAUGUCAACUGGGCAGAACCUGUGGAAGGGCGUCGUGCUAUUGAUGUUGCAGUAUGUGCAGGUAGACUGACCAUCUUAAAAACCUUGUUAAAUCACCCACAUAUCAAUGUUAUCUUUGUCGAUAAAUGGGGUAUGAGUACCUUAGAUAAGAUUGAAAUGAUCAAGUCCAAGUUACAUUUAGUUGAUCCAGCAAAGGCUAUUCCUUUGCAGACCAUAGAGGAAAUGGAGGAGCUAAUUAGAAAUAAAAUUGAGAAGAGUAAAUAA